UGUUUAUAAAGUAAGAUGGCGCAAGCUCAGGGAUUCGUGCCUGAGAAGGUGCAGGAGUUUAACCGCCGAGCGUCUCAGGACAUGUCCGAGUCGCCCGUUCAUAAAAAAGAGACUGCUAAAAAGGAAGUUAACGGGACUGCAGAGAAACCUAAAGACGAAAAGAAAAAUGACAGUAACUUCAGUCCAGCAAGGAAUCAAGAAGCUAAGAACCCAUUUGCAGCGCAAUUCUAUAGUCACAGCCGCGCGCGUGCGCAUGGCCACUUCGAAAUGGGUCCACGCGGUCUCGACUACUCUCCUCAUCGAAUGGGAAUGGAGUAUUCAAACCGCAUGCGGGACUACGGUCCCCAGCGCUCGACUUCAAUCCACGGGCACGAGCUGACGGACGGUCCAGUGGCGAUGAAGCCGGAAUACUUAGGGCACCGGCACUUCGGCAGCCAGAUCGUGCCGGGCGGCAUGAGCCACCCGGACGUGGUGUUCCGCCACGACUACUACGGGGCGGGGGCGGCGGGGUUCGCGCCGCGCGCGGCCCGCUUCUCGUCGCAGGAGUACCUGAACGCGCCGGCGCAGUACGGCCGCUGGCCCGACUACCGCGACCAGUACCGCCAGCGCCGCCGCUCGCAGCAGGACCUGCACUCUAUGGAGAAUGAACCAGCUGCACAUAUUACCGGAUUCCCGGUUUCUAAGACAAGCGCCCAUUUCUUGCACUUGAGGGCUUUAAUGAAAGUAACCGCCCUCCGCGAGCACUGGGAUGAGGCAAACGCGCGCGUGCUCCAGCGCAAGGCGCAACUCGACGCCAUGCUGGGCGACAGUCAGCGCUACGAGGCGAGAAGGCGGGACGCCGACGCCUGGCUGACUAGGAUGGAAGCUAGACUUGCUGCCAUGGCGCAACCUGGGCACACGGCUGAUGUUCUAGAGAUGCAAUUGAGAGAACAAAAGUCGUUCCACGCCGAAGUGCACCAGUACAAGCACCAAAUCGAGCUGUUCGGUCAACUGACGCAGCGUCUCAUCGCAGUAUACCGCAACGAUGACACCUCUCGCAUUAAGCGAGCCACCGAGUCCAUCAACCAUCGAUACAACGAGCUGAACAACAGCAUCGUCGCCCGCGGCAAAGCCCUCCACUCUGCGGUUUCGUCUCUGCAGAACUUCGACCGGUCGCUGGAGAAGUUCGUGGCGUGGCUGAGCGAAGCGGAGUCGCUGCUCGACGCGGCCGAGAGGGACCCUCAUCUGCUCAAGGACCUCCAGUCGGAGAUCGAGACCCACCGCGAUGUGUACGCGUCGCUCACCGGCACCGGACGACGGCUGCUGGGCUCCCUAUCCUCACAAGAAGAUGCUGUCAUGCUGCAGAGGAGGCUGGAUGAGAUGAACCAGCGAUGGCACCAUCUCAAGGCCAAGAGCAUGGCUAUCAGAAACCGACUAGAGAGUAAUGCUGAGCACUGGUCCGCCUUGCUGCUGUCCUUGCGAGAGCUCACCGAGUGGGUGAUCCGCAAGGAGACGGAACUGGGUGCGCUUGCGCCUCCGCGCGGGGAUCUUGCGCAAGUCCUGAAACAACAGGACGACCACCGCGCAUUCAGAAGGCAGCUAGAAGACAAACGGCCAGUCGUUGAGAGCAACCUGCUCAGCGGCAGGCAAUACAUCGCCAACGAGCCUCCGCUCUCCGAUACCAGUGAUACUGAGCCGAGCCGCGACAGCGAAGGUGAUUCGCGCAACUAUCGCUCGGCAGAGGAACAGGCGCGCGACUUGGCUCGCUCGAUCCGGCGAGAAGUCGCCAAGUUGGAGAGCAAGUGGAACUCGCUCGUCGACCGGUCCGACGCGUGGGGACGGUGUUUGGACGACGCUGUACAGCGCGUCCGCACCUUCACAUCAUCAUUGGACGAGCUGACCGGGCGCGUGCAAGCUGCCGAGACAGCUCGCUCCUCCUGGCGCGGGCCCGGCGACGCUCGUGACGCCCGCGCACAGCUCGACGCGGUGUCUCGAGCCCGCGCACAACUCCCACCCCUGAGGAGACUGGCUGAUGAGCUGCAGGGACAAUUGCAGGCGCUAGCCAGGGAUAAGAUUCAGAUUCCUGAGCAGUUGGUGGCUAGGCUUGAUGAUCUAAACACUAGGGUUGGCGCUCUCUGUGCCGGCGGUGAAGAACGAGCGAGACAGCUAGCCGGCGUAGCGAGGGAUGGAGGCGCGGGCGCGGCGCAGGGCUUCCUCGCCGGCUCUGUUGAGCAGCCCUGGGAGCGCGCUGUCACUCCUAACAACGUACCUUAUUAUAUCAAUCACGAGCUCGAGACGACCCACUGGGACCACCCGAAGAUGAUCGACCUGAUGAAUUCUCUCGCGGACCUCAAUGAGGUCCGGUUCUCCGCGUACCGGACAGCUUUGAAGCUGAGGACAGUCCAGAAGGCUUUGUGCAUGCACAUGUUACAACUGCCAGCGGCAUUAGAAGCCUUCGACUCGCACGGACUGCGCGCGCAGAACGACCGCCUCAUCGACAUACCGGACAUGAUCACUGUACUCACAUCUCUCUACGAGGUGAUAGCCGCUGAAAAUCCAAGCCUAGUAAACGUGCCGCUCUGCCUAGACCUGUCCAUCAACUGGUUGCUCAACGUGUACGACAGCCAGCGGACCGGACAGAUCAGGGUGCUGAGCUUCAAGGUUGGCCUCGUGCUGCUCUGCAAGGGGCAUCUUGAGGAGAAGUACAGGUAUCUCUUCCGGCUGAUAGCUGACCCAUCCUGUAGAGCAGACCAGAGGAAGCUUGGAUUAUUACUGCACGAUUGUAUACAGGUACCAAGGCAACUAGGAGAAGUGGCUGCUUUUGGAGGCUCCAAUAUCGAGCCGUCCGUACGAAGCUGCUUUGAGCAGGCUUCAGCGGCGGCCAAAGAAGGCCCCAAAGGCGGCACUCUUGAUAGGAAGGGAGCAACAGAAAAAGACAAAGAAAAAGAAGACGUCAAAGAAAAGACUCUAGAACGCGACGCCGACGGCCAGCUCCAAUUCAUCGAGGCCUUCCACUUUCUGCAGUGGCUGCAGAAGGAACCACAGUCCAUGGUUUGGCUGCCUGUCCUGCACAGGCUGGCUGCUGCAGAAAACGCCAAGCAUCAGGCCAAGUGCAACAUCUGUAAGGAGUACCCGAUACAAGGCUUUAGAUAUCGUUGCCUGAAGUGCUUCAACUUCGACAUGUGCCAGAAGUGCUUCUUCAGCGGGCGCAAGGCCAAGAACCACAAGCUCACGCAUCCUAUGCAGGAGUACUGCACGGCGACGACAUCAGGCGAGGACGUGCGAGAUUUCACGCGCGCGCUCCGCAACAAGUUCAAGUCUGCUCGUUACUUCAAGAAGCACCCGAGGGUUGGAUACCUCCCUGUGCAAACUGUGCUUGAAGGUGACGCGUUGGAAUCACCCGCGCCAUCGCCGCAGCACGGAGCCGGCGCCAACCUCGGCGGCGAUGACAUGCACUCGCGACUGGAGCUGUACGCCACACGGCUGGCUCAGGUCGAGCUGGGCUCCAGGCCUGCUGAUACUCCUGACAGCGAUGAAGAACACCAGCUGAUCGCCCAAUACUGCCACUCGCUGAACGGUGGUGGUGAGACGGAAGAUGCUCCACGAUCACCCGUGCAGGUCGUCUCCAUCAUCCAUCGCGAGCAGCGACACGAAUUGGAAGCCAUGAUCAGGGAGCUAGAAGAAGAAAAUGCGAGUCUGCAAGCGGAGUACGAGCGGCUGAAGGCCAAACAGACCCCAGGAUCCACGCCUGAAGAGCAGCACGGUGUUAACGACAACAGGAACGCUCCGGUCGAUCAGGACAUGAUGGCAGAAGCCCGCCUGCUGCGCCAGCACAAGGGCCGCCUGGAGGCUCGCAUGCAGAUCCUGGAGGAGCAUAACCGGCAGCUCGAAGCGCAGCUCCAGCGUCUAAGGCGUCUGCUCGACGAGCCGUCAUCGGGAUCCCCGCCGGCUCGCACGGGCACGCUGCAGACUCGCUCCGUGACGGCCUCGCAGCUCGCCACCGACUCGCCCGCCAAGAUGCACAACGGACUCUAUCACGACUCCCAAACCAACGGGCGCUGGGCCGGCCCGGGCGGCGCGGGCGCGGGCGAGGCGCGCGAGGCGCUGGAGCGGCCGCCGCCGCCGCCGCACCACGUGCACUCGCUCAUGCACUGCGCAGAUGACCUUGGGCGUGCCGUCGAAGAACUAGUAUCUGUCAUGUCAGAGGAGCAAACAGAGAGCACUGCCCCGCCCCAAUACUCCAACGGCAAACCACCCAAAGAAAAAUAAGGCACUCGACACGCGCACAUAAGGGACACGGAGCGCGCUCCGAGUUGCCAGCGUUUAAAAUAUCCCGGUGGCCAGGUUCACCGCUUUUCCGCUCUGGCAACACUGAUGUUAAAAUACUUGCUGCAAUGGUAAUGCUUAUAUUUCUGUAUAUUCACCAUUUUGUUAGCAAUGAUGCGCGAUUUAUUUUGCCAGUGAAAUUGACGCGCUCAUUCUUAGUUUAGAAAGGUGGAAGGUAUUACUAAUUUUCGACUCAUCACUAACCUGCACAUGCUGUUAUAUUUGUACUAUAUGUAAGUGUCUAACAUUCCAUUAUCAUCUACUAAUAGCGAUCGAACGGGACUGUCAAAAUCUUGUACUACGGUAUAAGAUUAUUUAGGAAGGUCUAUGAGUUGUAGAACUAACUGUUAUCACCAGAGGUUACGAACCAGGAGCAUGUCAUCAUCCUUUUCUAGUCAUUACAAUUGGACAAGGACCCAUGAUGUCAACGAAAAAUCCUGUUUGGCAACCUCGAGUUUAGUUUAUAACAGCUCAGAGUUCGAUUAAGACGAUUAUCGUAUGCAACGCUUAUUGUAUGGAUAAGGGCAUGCCAUUGUUGCAGUACAAAUCGUGUUGAGUCAUUCUAUUCUUUAUCUAUUUUUAUAUAGCAACACAGAUUUUUCUACUAUUUUUUUCAUUCUCAUGCGGCAAUACAACAGUGUUGCCAGAGCGUAGCGCAACGAAAAAGACAAGUAACGAGCAUUUAUACUAUAAUGUACCAAAUUUGUGGAUACUUGAUAAACUAAUCUAUACAUUUAUUAAUUGUUUAAGUACAUAUCUUGUUAGUACAAUCUCCAUUAUCAUAUCACUUCUUGUAAAUUUCCAUAUCAUUUGCUGUGUAUAAAAAAAACUGGCACGUAUCACAAAAUUAAGUCCAUAAUUUCGUUGUGACGUCACGAUGAACAGUUUGGAUGGGGCUGAAAGCUUUAAUAGAAUCACAAUUUAGCUUUAACUACCCUGUUUUGAGACGAUUUAUAUCAGAAACCUGGCCGAAAACGAGCCCACUGGGCCGAUUAGUGGAAAAUGUAUUGUUAUAUUAGAUAGAAAUCUCUGUUCUUGAGCGUACAAUAUAUGCCAAGUGGCCGUAGCUAUAUGGAUUUGUUACAGUUCGCUAGUAGGUGUAGUCGUAGCAAAACAAUAUCAGCAUUACUAUGGCCCUAUGCACGAUAAACCAUGGUGAUUUUCGACUCCUUAAAUUGACCUAAAUUGUUCAUUGGUUGUGUACAAUCGCCAUGAUCUAUUAUGCAAAUCAGCCACUAUAUGUAUGUUAUAUUAACGCGUUAACGAAAGAAUAUAAUAUUAUUAGAUGAAAACUAAUUGCGCUGCUUCACGCAAUUUAGUGGUACGAUGGUUCACUUCUCUACAUAUCUGUACCUCGGACUGUCGAGCUCUUCUUAGCGACUAUAACUACUAAAUAUGUAUCCAACUUUUUCACUAUACCUAACCUCGACGGUAGGCCACGUUUUUACCUAUUGUAUGAGACCGUUUUUUAUGUCCCAUUCCGAUAUUCGGAUUUGUAACGUGUCUAGUAAGAUGCUGCCUACCUUUUAGAUAAGAAUAUAUUGGAGAGAUGACUUUUAUACGAAUGUUAAGUAUAUCUGUUGACGCUAAUUUUUACAAUAAGGACUUCCGAUUUAACCAUAUCACGGUUUAUUCAUUUUUUAGCGCGAAUUGGAAUUCUAAAUGUUAGUUUUGCGACCCAGCGUUUUUUUCCGCUGGCAACAUUAUAGGAUUUCACUUCGCUCGACCGUUACGUUUAAAUUUAUUAAAAAUAAUUUGGCUAAUAUAGUAUCUAAGAAAAAGCACAAUUAAAUAUUAUUUUAACGAAAUGAAAGUAAUUAAAUUUACACUAAUAUAUUGUUAAUAAUUUUAUUAUAUUUGUAUUGAUUUAUGUAGAAUGGAGGUUUUGUUUCGAAACUAAUUAUAUUUUAAUUUUUGGCAAUUAUAUAAACUAUUCUUCUUCCGCAUUUAUUUGUGUUUAUAAUGUUUUAGGAGUUAAAUAAAUCCAAAUAAACAUUCGGCAUAGUAUA